GUCAGAUUCUCCGAGUUCAUAAAAACCCUCAGCUGCUCUCUCACGUCCGCUUUUCUCCCCACCAGAAGAAGCAUCGCCCGGUGAACUGUCGGUACCGUUUUUAAUUCUCCAGCUGUUUUUUUGAAAAACACCCGCAAACAUGACCAGGAAGUUCUUCGUCGGUGGAAACUGGAAGAUGAACGGCGACAAGAAGAGCCUGGGGGAGCUGAUCCAGACCAUGAACGGAGCCAAGGUGGACCCCAAUGUCGACGUGGUGUGCGGCGCUCCAACCAUCUACCUGGACUUCGCCAGGUCCAAGCUGGAUGCCAAGUUUGGCGUAGCAGCUCAGAACUGCUACAAAGUUGCCAAGGGUGCCUUCACUGGGGAGACCAGCCCUGCGAUGAUCAAGGACUGUGGCGUGGAAUGGGUGAUCCUGGGACACUCCGAGAGGCGCCACGUGUUCGGAGAGAGUGAUGAGCUCAUUGGUCAGAAGACGGCCCACGCUCUGGAGAGUGGACUCGGUGUGAUCGCCUGCAUUGGAGAGAAGCUCGACGAACGUGAGGGCGGCAUCACCGAGAAAGUCGUCUUUGCUCAGACCAAGGUCAUCGCAGACAAUGUAAAGGACUGGAGCAAGGUCGUGCUUGCUUACGAGCCAGUGUGGGCCAUCGGCACCGGCAAGACUGCCUCCCCACAGCAGGCUCAGGAGGUUCAUCACAAACUGAGGGAUUGGCUGAAGACUCAUGUUUCUGAGGCUGUAGCCAACUCUGUGAGGAUCAUCUAUGGAGGUUCUGUGACCGGUGGUACCUGCAAAGAACUUGCCUCCCAAAAGGACGUUGACGGUUUCCUCGUUGGCGGAGCCUCCCUCAAGCCUGAAAUUAUUGAAAUCAUCAACGCAAAGGCAUAAGAACCCGGGAAGCUCCAGAGGCCAGCUCCAUUAAGAUGAUCCAGUUCCAUCAUCCCUCACUCUCAGCACUUAGUCAUGUUCCCCUUUUCAUUCAAAGUAUUCUGUGUAACAGUGUCAUUCCCUCCCUUUGUUUUUAUCUUGUUUGGGUAAAUCUUGUCCUGGAGAAAAGGGACAGGUUAACACAUACACUGUACUGCACUGAAAUGAGUUAAGUCCACUGAGAAUAGCCUGUGUGCUUACUAACUUCCACACCAAGUGUUCAAGCUGUAAAGACUGUCACUUGCACCUUGAGGUGGGCGAGAGUUCCACGCCUUUACUUGAAAAGUUUACCAACUUCUUUUGUGUAAACAGUGUAAACAGCUCUUGUCAAUCAGAUUUAUUUUUGUCUUAAAAUUAGUUGCGUCUCUUUUGUGUAAUUAUGAUGUUCUUCUGUGGCUUUUACCUCCCUGUAGACGUGCAUGAUCCACUCUCAUUGGCUGUUUCGCCAAGAGGGAGGUGUCCAUUACAUGUAAUCAUAUUGUGUCAUGGCCGAUGGGUUUGAGGGUGGGAUGGCUGUAAGGAAACAUUAUAAUAAACUGUUUAGAGACUG